AAAUUUUGCCCAUUAACUUCGAUCUGGUAGGUUUCCACCGUCGCUCGGUUGGUUGCGUCCCCCUCCGAGUAACCGAGAAGGAUCGCGAGAGGUAGAACCCUACGGCCGUCGUCUUCCCUCCUCUCUUUCUACUCAAACGCGAUCCGAAGCACACAGGCGAGGGGACGGUAGAGGUAGGUAGGUAGGCGAAGGAACUAUUCAGUGAUGACAUCUACUCUAAACCUCGACGAUGAAGAUGAUUUUGGAGGAGACGUUCCUGGAAGCCAGAGUAGUACCAAACAUUCAGAUGGUAAGAGAAAGUUUGGAGAUCUCGAUGAAGAAGAAGAGGAUUUAUUUGGUCGUAAGGGAAAACCAAAAAUAGAAGAAAGUGGACCUGGAAUGACCACUGGAAUGAUUUUGUCUCUGCGUGAAAGUUUGCAGAAUUGUAAAGAUAAUCUUGCAUCAUCCCAGCAAGAGUUAGAAGUUGCUAAAUCAGAGAUUCAAAAAUGGCAUUCUGCCUUUCAGUAUCGACCAGCCACUCCAACUGGAAUGUCUCCAGAACCUGGAUUGGUGUUAACUUAUCUCCAGAACUUAAAGUCUUCUGAAGAAUCCUUAAAGGAACAGCUAGAGAAAGCUAAGAAAAGAGAGGCUGCGUUUAUUGUCACUUUUGCAAAAAGAGAGCAGGAAAUUGCUGAUCUCAAGUCUGCGGUUCGAGACUUGAAGACUCAGCUGAGACCGCCGUCAAUGCAGACAAGGCGAUUAUUACUUGAUCCUGCCAUACAUGAGGAGUUUACUCGUCUAAAGAAUUUGGUUGAAGAGAAAGAGAAAAAAAUCAAAGAAUUGCAAGACAAUCUUGCUGCUGUCAACUUUACUGCUUCCAGUAAGCUUGGAAAAAUGUUAAUGUCAAAGUGUAGAACAUUACAGGAGGAGAAUGAGGAGAUUGGGGCUAUGGCAUCUGAAGGCAAAAUCCAUGAAUUGGGAAUGAAGAUCUCAGUACUUAAGUCUCAAAAUGCAGAACUAAGAAACCAAUUUGAAGCAUUAUACAAGCACAUGGAAGGCCUAACAAAUGAUGUUGAAAGUUCAAAUGAAAUGGUUUAUAUCUUGCAAGAGAAACUGGAAGCGAAGGAUUUGGAACUGAGAAAGUUGAAGGAAUCACUUUCCCAGAAAGAAGAAGAAACUGAGGAAAAAGACGCAGAUGACAACUGCGAUGCCAACACCGAAAUCACCGAUGCCGAAGCUGACAAAGAAGUAGCCACCGAAAUUAAUUCUCCUGAAAUCGAGGUGUAAGAUUUCAAGCACAAGUGUUCUCUUCGUAUACGAGAAAGUGUCAGAUGACUAGCGAAACAGCAGCUAAUAUGCCCUCGGAGCGUGAUUUUCUCGAGGGCAGUUGAUUUAUUAAUGGCCUUCUAGAGCAAUUUUUAUGUCUCAUCUGCAGCUAAAAGUGCUCUGAUAAAGGGUUUCUGCUCAAAGGAACAAAUGUUUCAGGUGUUUAACUAAUUCUUUAGUAGGGCAAUGAGGACUUAUCUGUCGAUUUCUAAGUUAUCAUAUUGUCAAUUGGAUCGAUGUAGUCCAUGUUUGAACGAUGAACAGGCAUUCCUUUUCUCUUUUAUAGCUAGUUAUGGGUUGAAGUUGAACA